UUUCAAAACUCGCCCGCCAUUACAAAGGAAUCUGUUUGGCUAAAGAAGACACAUUUUUAAACCUUUGGGAGUGUAUUUUCAUUUAAGAAAAGUUUUAUAUAAUAUCAAUCAUGGCCCUCGAGCAAGCGUUACAGGAUACAGUCCUCCAAGCAGCCAAAAUGGUUGAGGAACAAGUGGAUUCAGAAAUUGACCGGUUAGAGAAAAUGACAACAGAUGAAAUGGAAGAUCUACGAGAAAAACGACUUGCCCAGCUUAAAAAACAAGCUCAAAUGAAAAACGAGUGGAUCCAAAAGGGGCAUGGAACUUACUCUGAGAUAGCAAGUGAGCCUGAUUUUUUCCCCGAGACGAAAGACAGCCCUAGAGUGGUGUGUCAUUUCUAUCGUGAUUCAACUUUUCGCUGUAAAAUCGUCGACAAGCACCUCGCCCUUCUCGCCCCAAAGCACGUGGAAACAAAGUUUGUCAAAAUYGACGUGGGAAAAUGCAAGUUUUUAUGUGACAGACUGAGCAUCAAAGUGCUACCAACGAUUGUUUUAGUUAAAGAUGGAAAAUUUGUCGAUCGAAUUGUUGGUUUUGAUGAGUUGGGCGGACAUGAUGAAUUCACUACAUCAAUGAUGGAAUGGAGGAUAGCUAGAGCUGAGGUUAUUAACUACAGUGGGGAUUUAAGCCAACCACCAGACAAGCCAAAAGCCACUGGACCAACAUUACUGAAAAAGUCAAUCAGAGGUCGACGGGAUAAUGAUGAUGAUGAUGAUGAUGACGACRAUGAUGAUUACUAAUUUGUAAUAUUUAAUCUAAUUUUUAUACUAGAACUGCAACCAA